AUGCUUCGCCUACACAACGAUGCCAGCAGGCUCCCCCUUCUCUUGGCGCUGCUCAUUAUCGUGUCCUGCAACGGGGCGGAAGUGGCGCAGGACUUCGAGGUCGAGCUUUUCGACGGCGAGCGAUUCCAGCUUUCCGAGCAAUACUACGAUAACGUGGUGGUGGUCAACUUCUGGUACCCCAGUUGCGCCCCCUGCCGCGAGGAAAUGCCGGAAUUUCAGAAGGCCUGGGAGGAACUGGACGGUGAUGAGUUCCGCUUCCUCGGAGUUUUCGUCCCGCUGGGGUUUGACACGGAGCAUUCCGCCCGGGAAUUCGUGGACGAGUUGGGCUUGACCUUUGAUUUCGCGACCGACCGCAGCGAGACUAUCUCCUCGGCCUACCAGAUCGAAUUCUACCCGACGACUUGGUUCAUUGACCGGGGCGGCAGGGUCGCAUCAACUCACUCCGGGGCCCUUGACGAGGAGCGGAUCACCGCCAAGGUGCGAGACCUGUUAAAUGACUGA